AAGAUGGUCAGUGUCAUAGGCUUCCCGCCCUUCCACGUUGAGGGUUUUUCAGUUUUGCAGAUGAGUUAAACACAAUGGCGGUUCCUCUCUUCAACCUUGCUCCUGGCCUUAAGGUUUCAAGGCUAUGCUUAGGAACCAUGACGUUUGGAGAGCAGAACUCGUUGCAACAGUCUUUUCGCCUCCUCGAUGAAGCUUUUGAUGCAGGAAUUAACUUUAUUGAUUCUGCAGAAAUGUAUUCGGUGCCUCAGCGUGCAGAGACUCAAGGCAGGAGCGAAGAAUACGUGGGCCUCUGGAUUAAAGAGCGGAAAAUUCCUCGGGAUCGUGUCGUCUUGGCUACCAAGGUUACUGGACCAUCUGGACAGAUGACCUGGAUCCGUGGUGGGCCCAAAUGUUUGGAUGCUAGCAACAUAAUGGAGGCCAUUGGCAAUAGUUUGUUGAGGAUGCAGACAGAUUACAUCGAUCUAUAUCAGAUCCAUUGGCCUGAUCGCUAUGUUCCCAUGUUUGGAGAAACUGAUUAUGAUCUGACUAGGCAGUUCUCGUCAGUAUCUAUAGACGAACAACUUGAUACUCUAGGAAAAGCUGUUGAUGCUGGUAAAAUCAGAUAUAUUGGGCUCAGUAAUGAAACACCAUAUGGUGUCAUGAAGUUCCUUCAGUUUGCAAAAGAUGUUCCCAGUUAUCCUAGGAUUGUGUCUUUGCAGAAUUCAUACAGCCUACUUUGCAGAAGUUUUGAUUCUGGACUGGCCGAAUGCUGUCAUCAUGAGAGAGUCAGCUUAUUGGCUUAUAGCCCUUUGGCAAUGGGCAUACUUUCCGGCAAGUAUUUCUCUCCAGAUGGGGGCCCAGUAGAUGCUCGAAUGAAUCUUUUCAGAGGGAAGUAUGCAGAAGGAGAAUCCAGAUACAACUUGUCCAAUUCCCGUAUAAAAGCUGCUACCAAGGCGUAUCUAGAUAUUGCAGAAAAAUAUGCACUUUCUCCUGUAUCUCUUGCAAUAGCCUACGUUUUGAAACACCCUCUUGUUGCCAGUGCUGUUUUUGGAGCAACAAAGGAGUGGCAGCUGAGAGAGGUCCUCGGAGCAUGUGAUGUCAAGCUCACACCAGAAAUAACUGUAGAGAUUGAUGAGGUUCAUAGAAGGUAUCCAAAUCCCUGCCCCUGAUCAGAAGUUAUACUGUGCUAGCUUCUCUUGCA